AUGUGUGUGGUGUACGUACUCCGUAGUUGGUGCAGCCACAAGGUGGCCACCAGGUGGAAGAUGACCGCUUGCGAAAAAUCCGGAAGCCAAUCAAUGCUCCCGCGAAGGAUGGAUGGGAAGCGACGGGCAUCCUGUGAGCCAGAGCCAGAUCUGCUUAGCAUUGAUCCAGUCACCAGCCUGCGAGGCAGCAUCUGCAACAGAAAGGCUGACCGGCCACCGAAGCCCACACUCAUCAACUCCCGGACUUUAUGCAAACAGCUUGCCAAGCGCCACAAAGGCUCCGACGUCAGCUACGAGACCAUGACAAUUACCCUGCUACCAGCUCUACCCGGUGUCAACAGCGUCUUUUUCGACCUCGAACCACGCGGCAUUGAUGAUAGCUGUGGCUCAAAGUACGGGGCUCUGCAACAAGCCAUAGCAUACCACGUCGCUAGACCAGGCCGAAUACUCCCAAGUCACAGGAGGCCUAUGACGAUGGCUCACUCAGUAUCGCUUAGGGAGGGCGAGCGGUGGCAGCAAGAGCACGGAGCAGUCAGUCACCAACAAGGCACCGGGCCUCUGAUUGACAGCGAGAAAGCUGAGAAGGGAAGUAAGUGA